UAGGAGAGAACGAGGGAGGAAAGGAGAGCACACCGCGGGUACUAUCCUCCGUGCCGGUGGUCUGUCGCGCGAGCGACGACGUUGUUGGCGAUAAUGCGAUAGUGUUGGUCUGCGCGUUUAGCGGUUAGCGGUUGAUAAAAGAUAGCGGUUAUACCGAAGACAAGUCAGUAGUCACUCCGACCGCUGUCCGACCGGCUACCGAUUCUUUGAUCGUUGGCCCUAAGCACUUGCGGAUGAGGUGAAUGCGAUACCGAAAUUUUUUCAUAUAUUUCAUUUUCUCUCUCUCUUCAAUCCUAGCGAUCGUCCUAGUCUCUGACGAGUGCCAAGACUGAAUUUAUAUUCGAGAAGAAACACAUUUUAUGGCGAACUCAUCACUGGAAGAAGCUUCAUUUAAGAGCGUCAUUAAUCGAGUUUACGCCUUCUCGGAGCGCUAAAAAAGUUGGCUCAAACUGAUGAAAGAAUACGGCAAGAGAAGGCAUGCCAUCAUCUUUUCUAGAUAGAAGACUCGUUCGCAAUGUUACGACGACGGCGACGAUAACGACGAUGAUGACGACGACGACGACGACGACGACGGCGGCGGCGGCGACGACGACGACGACGACGAUGACGACAACGACGACGACGACGAAUAAGAACCGAAUCAAGCGAAAGUUGAAUCGAACAUCAUAGCACGAGAAUGUCAGGAAAACGUUAAAACGUCGAACACGUGAUUGCGCCUAAAUGAGUCGCCGCUUGUUUCUCUAAUUGUAAGUCGAUUACAAUUUCGCGUCUCUUUUACUUUCCUUCCUUUUUCAUCUAUAAUCUACGUACGAUAGUAAUUUCGAGAGUACGAACGAUGCAGCGUAAUGACGAGCGGCGCAACUACUAAAUUCGAUCCGGAUUGGGUAAGGAUGGUUGAGUUGCGUGCGGCUGGUGCCAGGAUGACUGGGAGUCUAGACACCAGAUCAUCGAAUCGUCUACAUUAUGCCAUCUUGACGAUCUUGGAUACGAUAUUCUCCGCGCUUAUAGCCGCGCCGGCGGUGGUCGGUUACUGGCGCGGCACUUGGGAACUUAGUGAUUUCUACGUCUACCCGGAUGAGCCGGUGUUUAGCAGCUUUGCGUCGAUCACGAUCGGCUUCACCGGCCUCUUUGCCUUCAGCGUGCUGCAGCAUGGCCUGGACGACGUUCUGCAUCCGGACAAGCACCGGCUGUCCUACUAUCUCGGCUCGCGAUUCUACACCGGCGUAUUCGGCUUCUGCUGCGUAAACGCCUGGCGUGGUGCCUGGAAGGCCCUGGACAUUUAUACGGAGCUGACGCCCGGCACCGUCUCCGCCACGACCAUCGUUAGUCUCCUCGCGCUUGGUCUCAUGCGCGCGGUCCGCAACGUAUCCGCGCCGCCGUUCUCGCUCGUUCUUGACUCAUGUCCGGGUUACUUUGAAGUGCAGACUAUGUUUCGCGUCAACAAUACGAGAGACUGGUCGUUGUACUUACUGGAUUGCGCCUUCAGCGUCGGUGUCGUGGGUACAUUAGUUGUCUUUGUCUGGAGAGGAGUUUGGAUCUUGAUCGACAUUUACUUGUUUCCGGAAAACCCCGAGUAUUCUGCCAUUGGCUCACUGGCCAUCGGGUAUUUUAUAGUCGCCGUGACGUUUUGUCUACAACCAUUGAUGCGAUAUAUCUGCACGCGUCUUCAAGGUCUGGUUCGCUUGAUGGUUGCGGAUGUUUUUCUUUUUCUGAGUUUUCUGGGCACCGUAAACGUCUGGCGUGGUAUAUGGAAUGCGCUGGAUCUCUGGCUGCUACCGGACAAUCCAGAAUUGUCCUGCUGGAUCACUCAUGUUGGCUGCUUCGUUUUCCUCGUUCUUCUCAAUUGUAGCAAUACUAUCCUAGUUCGUGGUGUUUAUAUCGAUGCCGAGGAAGAGGAAGGGCAGUGUGUCGUGUUUCCAUGCCAUUAUCUUCGACUAUUCUUUAAGAUCGAACGUGAGAAGAAACAAGCACGACAGCAGAAACUGUUGGUAGAUCAUACCGAUGUAAAUGAGAAGGACGGUGAAAACGGAACUCUUCUACCGAAUAGUACCAUGAUGUCGAUUAUACCUGUGAAUGCGGAUUCUCUUGCAUAGAUACGAUACGAGAAAUCGAUUUUUGUCAUAUACACGAGUAUGCAGGUGAGAGGGAGAGAUAGAGAGAGAGAGAGAAUGUGCAUAAAAAAAUAAUGCGUGUCUUGAAAAAAUCUUUUUACGAAACAAUUCUGUUCACUCUGUUCGAUCUUAAGUUUAUGGUCUUCUAAAAAAGUGCGAUGUUGCAAUCGCACGCGUGUAUUAAUUGAAACGGAAAUCUAUUAUUGAGAUUUACAACAUCAUGAUACACUUGGUUGUGCUACGAAUUUAAGGUUCCGUUUUAUGCAUGAUAUAUCAUGUAUCACUUUAUCUUUAACAUUCAAUGAAUAAGAGGGAUAAAAUGAUACACUAUAUUUGCAUAAUGCAUGAAACGGAACGCACCCUGCUUAUUUACGAUGUAUAUACAUUAAUUUCUAAUUAU